GUCCUUUGUAACCUUCCUGGGUUGCGGCCUAGUCCUUGCGGCCAAGAUGGCGGCUCCCUCGGAGAGGCCUCUGGUCGAGGCGGCCAAACCCUUACUGGGGCUCCUGAACGGCAUCGCCCAGGCCUCCUACUACGGCAACGCGGAGAUCACGGAGGAGCUGCUGCGGGAACAGCUGUAUCCGGAUGUGGCGCCGCAGGAGUUCCGGGCGCUGCAGGUCAAGAUGACGGGCGUCGUCAAGUCAAUUGCUUCCGCUGACAUGGAUUCCAACCAACUGGAGGCUUUUUUGACUGCCCAGACCAAAAAACCAGGCGGCAUCACAAGCGACCAAGCGGCGGUUGUGGCAAAAUUUUGGAAGAACCACCGAGCAAAAAUUCGAGACAGCCUGGUAAAUCAAAGCAGGUGGGAAAAUACCUUGAAAAACAUAAACUGGAGAGUGGACGUAAAGUCACAGUCAAGAUACAUGGACCAGUUAAACAGUCCCGUGGCCAUAGUCGAAAUGGAGCUUGGAAAGAAUGGUCAGGAAUCUGAAUUUUUGACUCUGGAGUUCGAUGAGAACAAACUGAAUCAAAUGCUGAAGAAACUUUCCGAGAUUGAAGGCAGAAUUACUUCCCUGACCCAAGCAACCUAAUCUUCGUGCUAAAACACUGCGCAUUUCGGAAGAAGGUUGAUUUCAGUAAUGACUAUUAAUUUUUUUUAUCCACCCAAUGUGGUUGUUAUAAACGUGCUUUACAGCCACAUCUGUCUGGUAUUGGAAUAAAGCCAAUGAAAAUCUAA